AUGAAACCUCUGUCGCCUCUGUCCAUCACAGCCCAACCACCAGAGGCUGACGCCCUUUCGCCCACGCCGGAACACAUGGCUAUCGUACACGGACAAUGGCCUUUCAAUACGAGCAAGCUUUUCAUCGCAGGAGCCACAAACCCAUCACGCGAGCCAAAUCAAAGAGCCACAGCGGCCUUUUGGCUCAACUUUACUCCUCUCUUGUUGAGUCCAGGCGGUUACACCUCGGUUGACGAUGACGCGUAUCGACCUCUUCGCGGCGACAGACUUUGUUCUGGCUUUCAAGGCCACCCCGAGAGCGCUCUCAAGCUUACACCCAACCCAGGCAUGCGCAUCACGGCUCGAUCAACGCCAGCGACAUCAUGGCAUACCGAAACCCCAACAAUUGCACGGACUCGAGGUUCGACAUUUGAUGUUGCACAUCUUGACAGCUUUGCCCAAACCGAGUCCCAGUCCAAACAAACGGCUGUAGCUCACAUCCCGGCACAGGGCUCGGGCGCAAUCGCUGUCCGGCAUCUUGCCUGA